AUGCUGUUUGUUGUUGAGUCUGAUAGUAGAUUGGAAGAAUGGGCAGAUAAAAGAAUAAGUGUUGAUAGAUUUAGAGAAAUUUUUGAAAUUUAUAUUGAGGAUAAACUUGAAGAAUUAAAAAAGGCACGAUCUAAAAAGUUCGAUAAGGAUUGUCGAGAUUUCAAUUAUUUUAUGGAUGAUGUAAAAGAUGUAUUUAUAAACAACGAUUUAGUAAAAAUUCCGAUUGAAGCUCGUAAAAGUAUUUGGGAAAAAAAUGUUGACAAUAACUUACCGACACUUAUGAAAAAGACUACUAAUUGUAAAUGUAUUAGAAAAGAACAUAAAUACGAUAAAGAAUAUAGGGAUAUGACUCAAACGUUAGAAAAUUUUUGUGAAGAAAAAACACGCAAGUUAAAUAGAAUAGAUAAAAAAGAUUAUGUGGAAGGUUUAUGUACAAAUUUUAAUAUCUGGAUAAAUAAUAAAAAAGAAAAAAUUUUAGAACAAUAUAAAAAAUUAAGCAAAAUCGAAGAAAAUAAACACUUAUUAAAAGUUAGUGAAACUUGUGAUCUUAAUAAUGUGGAUAAUUUAUUUGCUAAUAUAUCAUGUGAGGUUAUGAAAAAAAAUAAGGAGGAGGCUAGACGUAAACAUCCUAAAGUUAAAGAAAGGCGCCCAGUAAAUGAAUCAAUUAGAAAUAGUGGUAAAGAGAAUACUCAAAGUAGAAGGCCUGAAACCAUUAAUUUAAAAAAAAAGAAUAAUUCUCCUAUUGUAGAAAUUGGGAGUAAAAGUAAUACUGUAAGUGAAACUAGCGUUGGAAGUACCAUAUCCCAUAGUGAAUCUAGAAGAAAAACGGUUAGUCCUAAACCUGGAAAUGGUCUAAAAUCUGAUGAAAAAAUAUCUGAUAAAGGUCCUCAGACAAGAUCUCCUCAAGAACGUUCUAUUAAAAAAAAAACUCGUGGUCAUCUUAAUAAUGUAUCAAAUGAUGCCGAAAAAAAAGGUCGUAGAAAUAGUCAUGUUAUUAGUCCUACAGUUAAAAAAACUAGUGAUAGUCAUGAUAAAUAUAAAAACCCUUCUUCUAAUUAUAUUGAAGUUGAUUGUACAGAAGGUAAUUAUUUUUUAUUAAAAGAUGGAAAUAAUAAUUCAGAAGAUAUUUGUAAAACAAACUACGAUUAUUCUAUAUCUAAUGAUUACAGUAGUAGUGAUUCUUUUAUUUAUUCAACUGGUAAGGACACUAGUAGGAAUGAAAUUAAAACCCCUGAUUCUUUACCUAUAUUACUUACCAGAGAAAAUGCUUCUAAUGUAUAUGGUAGUGAUCAAAUAAGUUUUUCCCAUGAAGGAAAUUCUCAUAAUGGGGAGGGGGAAAAUAAUAAUGUUAAUAUGAGUGAACAUGAGGUUGAUAUUGUGGAAGGUUCUGUAAGAAUAGAUGAUAGUGUAGUUGAAAAUGAAGAAGAAGUAGCUGCUGUUUGUGAUCCGGAUGAUAAAACAUGUGUUGAUGCAAGUAAAAUACCUGUUGAAGUAUUGAAAGGUUUAUCAACGGAGGAAUAUUCUGAUUUAGAAGGAAGCUCCGACCUAGAACACUUAAGGUCGAAAAUUUUUGGUGGUAUUAAUAUAUUUUCUGAUAGAGGCAAUUUAGAUUUCGAUAUUUUAAUACCUGAGGAAGAAGUUUCAGAUGAGGAAAAUUCUGAUAUAAUACAUGAACAUGAAGAAGUAGAAGAAAUUAAUCAAGCAGGUACAUCAAUAAUUGAAAGGCAUAGUCAUACUUCCUCUCAAUAUAAUGAUACAUCUACUUCAGAUAAUAAAUAUAGAAUUUUAUCUACAGCUAUGGAGUUUGAUGAUCACCCGACGAUAUUCGGAUUUUAUUCACCUUUAUCCGAAAAGUUUUAUGGUGCAUUGAAUUUUUUGAAAGGUAUUCUUAGUUUUAAUAAUUCUUUAGUUUCACAAAGUCAAGGUCAACAUGAAGGAAAAAAGCUUGAAGAAUUACAAACUAGUAUUAGGGCUCCGAAGGAAUAUAAGAGUUCCUCUUUACAUAUGAAUGAUAAUAAUGUUGGUGCUGGUAUUAAUAAGAACGGAAUAUUUUCAAUCUUAGGUUUGACUAGUGAAAAUGAUGGAAGAAAUACUGAGGAAGGAACUGAAACAUAUUUAACUGGUUCAUCUAAAAAUGGUUUUAAUAAAAUUAAAGUAAUUCGCACGUUUAAAGGUAAUGGUGGUGAAAAUAAAGUUUUAAGUAAUGAAAAAGGAGGGGUUUUAUCAAAAGGAGGGAUUUUAUCAAAAGGAGUAACAUCAAUGAUAACAUCUCUUCCAGUUGCAUUAGUGACAUUUGUAUUUCUUUUUAUGUUUUUGGCAUUUAAUAAGAUGAAUCCUUUUGGUACAAUACUUGUUCAAGGGAAGAAGAAAAAAAAAAAAAAAGUAAAAGAAAUGAUGGAUGAAAGAAGAAAGCCAAAAAGGAGAUCAGCAAGACAGCGUAGAGCUAUUGAUGUUAAUGUGGAGGAUGAAAUAAAUAAAGUAAUUUAUAAAAAAGAAUUUAAUAAUUAUGAAAAUAUUAAUUAUGAUGAUAAAAUAUAUGAAGAAGAGAAAUAUAUUAAAGUAGAGGAAAAUGAAAUAUACUUGAGAGAAGGAAUUGAAGAGUUACAUAUAGAUGAUGAAAGGGGGGAUGUACAUUUUGAUGAUGAAAAUGUUCCUGAACAUUUUUCUGAUGAACAUGUUCCUGAACAUUUUGAUGAUGAAAAUGUUCUUGAACAGUUUCCUGAUCAGCAUGACUAUUUACAUUUAGACCAUAAAAAUGACGAUGUAGGUUUGGAUGAACCCAAAAGUGAUAUAUUAUCUAAAGAACUCUUUGAUGAUGUACCCAUAAAAGUGGAAGGUACAGAAGUAAAUAGAGAAAUUCCUCUAAAAAAAAAGGAGUGGAUGUGGAAAAUCAUAUUAGAUAUAGAAAUGAAAGUAAUAGAAAAAUGUAAGAAAAAAGAAUGGGAAGAAUCCAAAGGUGAUUUUUUAGAAAUAUGUUUAGAUGAGUUUAUAAAAAAAGAAAAUGAAUACAAAAAAUUAAAUAAUAAAGUAAUUGUUGAAACGAAUGUAUUAGAAAAUCAAAAUAUGUUAUGGAAUAAAUGGAUAGAGAGACAUAGAUAUAUGCUUGAAAAGUGGAAAAAAGAAGAAUGGUUUUAUAAUUUAAAAAAUGAAUGGAUAAAUGAAAUAAAAAAUUAUGAAAAGACAGAGGGUGAUAUAGAAAUAACGUUACCUAGUGAGAAGGAAAAACGAAAUAUUUAUUUAGAAAAACAGAAGAUUAUAUGGAGAAGAUGGGUUGCAAGAUAUGUACAACACAUAGAUGAUAAUAUAAUUGAAGCAUGGUUUAAAAAAAUGAUGGAAGAAUAUGAAAAGGAAGAAUAUUAUUUAAAUAAAAAUAGAUAUAAAAUUAUUAACCAUAUAAAAAAUAAAAAUGACAAACAUGAUGAAAGUGUUCAAUAUGAUGAUAAAGAGAAAUUAAUUUCAUCCACUUGUUUUGAUAUAGAAGAAAAACAGAAAAAAAAGUUGUUGACUAAAAUAUGGAUUCAGAUACAUAUGAUGAUAUUAGAAGAAUAUAAAAAGGAUGAAUAUAUACGUAUUAAGAAUUUAUUAUUAGAUAAUUAUAUAGACAAAUUAAAAAAAGCAAAUGAAGUAAAUGUAAAAAACAGUCUUCAAAAACUUGACAUUUUGAUUGAAAUGAAAAAGGAAAAUAAUAUGAUCCAAACAAAAGAAAGAAAUAAAUGGGAAGGAGAAAAAUGGUUCGUAGAUUUAAAUAAUGAAUGGAAUGAUUAUGAAAGGGGAUAUAUAAAAAAUAAUUUUAUAAUUAAAAAAGAAAAUGCCAUGAAUAGAUAUGAAAAUAUAAUACAUGAGCCUUUAUUGAAAGUAAAAAAAGACAUACCUCAAAUACAUUGGAAAUAUAUUAAUGAGAAAUGGUUACAUGAUGAAUAUGAUUAUGAAUAUGAAUAUAUACCUGAAAAUAUAAUUGAUAAAAAUAAAUUAGUAUUAAUGGAAAAAAAAGUAAAAUGGAAAACUAUCAUUGAGAUAUAUAUGGAAGCAAUGAAUGAAUAUAAAAAGGAUGAGUGGGAAGAAAGUCGAGGAGAUUUUUUACAAAUCUGUUUAGAAGAAUUUAUUAAGAAAGAUAAUGAAGACAUGAAUAAUAUAAAUGACGAAUUACCUAUUGAACAAAGUGAAAAUAUUGAAGAUAUGCUCAUGUUAGAGAGACAAAAAAUUAUAUGGCUUCAAUGGAUUAAACGAAAUAAAUAUAUGCUACAAAAAUGGAAUAAAGAAGAAUGGUUUCAUAAAUUAAAAAAAGAUUGGAAAGAUGAAAUGAAUAGAUAUGAUCAGAAAUUAUUUCUUUUCAAAAAUAAAGAAAGUGAUAAAAGUAUAAACCCAAUGUUAGAAAGACAAAAAUAUAUAUGGAGAAAAUGGAUUGCAAAACAUUUAUAUCAUCUUGAUGAUUGGGAAGAUGAAGAAUGGUUUAAUUUAUUAAUGAAUAAAUAUGAAAAAGAUAAAGAUGAUUUGAGAAGAGAUAGAAAUAAUAAAAUGGAUGACAUGGAAAAGAAAAAGCUGAUAACAAAAUUAUUUAUUGAAAUACAUAUGAUGGUAAUUGAAGAUUCUAAAGAGGAAGAAUGUUUUAUGAAUAAAGAAAAUUUUGUUAAUACAUAUAUAAAUGAGUUGAAAAAAGAAGAAGCUUGUGAAAAAAAUAGAGAGAUGUUACAUAUAUUGAAUAAUAUAAAAAAUGAUAUAAAAUUAGGAUAUGAAAAUACAAAAUUGAAUGAAUGGAAACAAGAAAAAUGGUUUGAUAAUUUAAAAAAAGCAUGGAAAGAAGGUGAAUAUAAAAAAAACUUUGUUGAUAUAGAAAAAGAAAAUUUUGACCUGACACAAAUUAAUAUAAUAAAUAAUUAUAUGUUAGAAAUUCAAAGAAGUUUGUUAAAAAAAUAUUGGGAAGAUAUAGAAAUAAGUUGGAUAGAUGAUGAUAAUCAAACUGACUGGUUAAAAAUAGCUAUAAAUUUGAAUGAUUAUGACAAUAACAAUAAAAAAAAGGUAUGUAAUAGAAGAUAUGAUUAUAUGAGAAAUGAAAAUUUACAUAUUAAAAAAAAGAAGAAUAUCAUAAAUGAGGAACAUAUAAGUGAAGAUAAUAAGUGUAUAUAUCAAAAUAAUCAUUCUUAUAUUAAAAGGAUUAUAGAAAUAUAUAUGGAAAGGGUAAAUGAAAUUAAAAAAAAAGAAUGGGAAGAGAACAAAUGGGAGUUUUUAAAAAUUGCUUUAGAAGAAUAUAUACAAAUACAAUUCAAAAAACAAAAGAAUUUAUGUAUUGAAGAAAUAAUAAUAAAAAAUAAAAAUACAAAUGAUGAUAAUAAUGGCUACCUAGAACAAACUUUUUUGUGGAAUCAAUGGAUAGAAAGGAAAAGAUAUAUAAUGAAAAAAUGGAAAUAUGAAAAAUGGUUUGAAGAAUUAAAGAUUGAAUGGAUAAAAGAACAGGGUAUAUAUAUAAAAGAAGAAGAAAUAGAAACAUUUAUAAAAGAUGAAGAAAAAACAAAAAUAAUAAAUAAUAACAACGAAAGCAACAACAACAAUAAUAAUAAUGAUAUAUUAAUCCAAAGUGAAAAAAUCGUGUGGAAAAGAUGGUUAAAAAAACAAGAAAAAAAUAUACAAAUAUAUAAAAACCAAAAAUGGUUCAAAGAUAUUAUAGUUGAAUUUGAAAAAGACGAACAAGAUGAUAUGAUAAUGUAUUCAAAUAUAAAUGAUAUCACCAAAAUAAAUAAUAAAGAACUAGAUGUAAAUUAUAGAGAUAAUUUGAUAAUGAAUAUAUGGAUGUGUAUAUAUAUGAUGAUAUUAGAAGAAUGUAAAAAAGAUGAAGGUAUAUAUAAUAAAGAAAUAUUUUUAAAUUCAUUUAUAGAAGAAAUAAAGAAAGAGAAAGAUGAGAAAACUAAAAUGAAUAUGUUGGACCUAAUUUUAGAAAUGAAGGAAAAAUAUAUAUCAAAGAAUGAAAAAGAUUUUUAUAUAUAUGAUCGGAAAAAAGAAAAAUGUUUUGAAUCUUUAAAAAAUGAUUAUAAAAAUGAUAAGAAUGAAUAUUUAUAUAUGAUACAAAAUGAUUUAUUUAAAAGGCAAAGGAAAGAUUUAGAUAAGGUAUGGUUAGAAAAUGAAGACAAAAAGAAGAGGGAUAUAUUAACAAAUAUAUAUGAAGAAUAUAAUAAUAUGAAUGACCUAUCUAAAAAAGAAUAUAUUGAUAAAAAUAUUAAUAUAAUAAAUAAAAAAGAAUAUGAAAUGAAAAGUAAUAUAUCACUUGAUGAAAAAUCUAUUUAUAAUAAUACAAAUUCAAAUAUAAUGAAUGAAAAUAUGAAAUAUAAUUCUGAGAUUGAAAAAAGAGAUGAUGAAAAUACUGUAGAAGGAAUACAAAAUUAUUAUUUAGAAAAACAAAAAGAAAUAUGGAGACAAUGGAUUGAUAAAAAUGUUAAACAUAUAAAUCAAUCAAAUAAAGAAGAGGAACAAAUUUUGGUAGGUGCAGAAAAUAAUAAAAUUGUGGAUUCAUCAGAUUGUAAAAAAAACGAAAAAAAUUAUAUGAAAAAAAAAAAUAUGAAAAAAGUAUUUUUAGCAGAAAUUCAUAUGGAAAUAAUGGAUAGACAUAAUCCUUUAAAAUAUAAAGGGGGGGACAAAAUGGAAUCUGAUAAAAAUAUUAAUGAAUUAAAAAUAGAAGAAGGAGAAAGUAGUAAAACCAAUUAUAUGGAUAAAACUAUUUUACAAAGAGAUGAAUGCAAAAAAUCAAACGUGUCAUUAUUAAAUGAGGAGAAUAAAAUGUGGAAACAUAAAAAUAUGAAAGAGAAUAUGAUAAGUUAUAUGAACACUUAUGAUCAUACAAAUAAAUUCUUUGGAUUGCAUAAAAAUUGUGAAGGGGGGAAAAGUAUAUAUCAAGAAAUACAAGAGAAUGUUGAAAAAAGGUAUAUUGAUGAUAUAUAUUUAUUAAAGAAUGAAAAAGAUCAUACUGAAUUUAAUACACACACGGGAGAAAAAAAUUAUGACUUUAAAUAG